AUGUGUUUAUUAUUAGUAGUAUUAGUGCCGAUAAUUAGCGGACAAAUAAGUUUUUUUGAUAACAACUUUCCGCCGGCACCGGCAACCAGACGGGUAUUACCGCAAAACCGGGCCGUAAAUAAUGGUGUCGUCAGCGGCGGCGGCGGUAGGACUUCGGCGGCACUUCUUCUACAGGAAGAACAGCCGUCCGUAAGCGGUGAUGACCACCGACUAGUGGCUGACCAACAGAUAUCGCAAACACAUGAACAAAACGAUCACGAAUUUGGCGGCCAAUUGCCCGCCGAUGAUGUCAAUGAUGGACAACCUAUCGUACAGACUCAGGUGCCAUCACUGGCGACAACUCGUAAGCCAUUUAUACAGCAAACUAGUCGUCCAUCAACUGGUGGUGCACUUCCAACCACAAGACAACCUCCUAUUCAACGACAACCACAACAACAAACACAACAACAGUUUGAAGAUAUACCACAACUUCAGGUGGCUUUUGAUGAAGGAAAUAUAGGAUCAGAUGAACAGUUGACUCAGAAACAGGACUCAACGUUGACGGACAUCAGUAUGGAAGAUGUGUCGACUGAAGGAGGUGUCAGCUCAGGAGGAGGACAGGGAGGACAGGGAGGACAACAAACUGGUUUUACAAGCGCUGAUGAUUUGGUGAUAACAACGCCACGAACAACAACAACAGUAGUGACAACAACUACCGGUGCCCUAAAUGGUGGACAACAACGAAAAGGCAUACAAAAGCCGAAGACUGGCGGCGUCAACGGUGGCGUCGGCGGCGGCGGCGCUCGUAGACAGCCAUCAAAAACUACUGGAACUGUCGUCAACACUGGAACUGUUGGUCAGAAGUCGUCGAAAACAGUACCGUCAGCUAUGCGGAGGAAACCGGCUGUUAUUAUCAAUAGACAACCAGCAGUAACAAUGAUAAGUCAAAUGGCCGACGACACCACCACUGAUGAUGAUGGCGAUGGAAGUACUCAGACAAUAGCGCAAGGAUUUGAUGGACAACAACAACAACAACCACAGCAACAACAGACUGAUGAUGGAGUUAGUGGUGGUGAUGAUGGUCAUCAACAACAACAACAAGUAGACCAACAAACACCAACAACUGAUGAUAUGAGUGUUAGAGGUGGUGGUGGUAGUGAUGAUACCACUGGUCAGUAUCACGGUGGUGGUGGUGGCGAUGAUGUUGAUGGUGGUGCUGGACAUGAUCAUCAUCAUGGUUCAGGUGAUCCCAUUCAAUGGCUACGCGAUGCUGUUCGCGGCGAACCGGGAGCCGAUUAUCCGAUAUUCUAUGAGCCGCCAGAAACCGGAUUCAAGUGUCAGGAACAACAAUAUCCCGGUUAUUACGCCGAUAUGGAAGCCCGGUGUCAGGUGUUUCAUAUUUGCCAGGAAAAUGGCCGAUCGGAUGCCUUCCUCUGCCCGAAUGGUACCAUAUUUUCACAGCAAAACUUUGUCUGCGUUUGGUGGCAUGAUUUUGAUUGCGCCACUGCCUCACAGUACUACUCGUUGAACUCAAUGCUGUAUACGGCACCGGCAGCACCGGCACAGGCCGACAGUCAGCCAUUGUCACCGCCGACGGACAGUGGUUUUGAGAGACCAGUGACCACAACCAGUGAUGGCAAACAACCAGAAUUGGAUACUCCUAGACGUACUGGUGGUGGUGGUGGUGGCGGCGGUCGUCGACCGACGACUGCUGAAGAACUAACACCAACGGUUGUAGACAGCGAUGUAAUUGGUGGCCGACCCGAUAGUGCCGGUGGACCGGCUGAUGAACGCAUUCAGACUGGUAUAGACUUGUCGGAUGAUGUCCAACAACAACAACAACAACACGAAUUUGGUAGUGUUUUGGAUACCGAAGCACCGAAAACACAGUCAGUAGUAACGGUUGGAUCAGUACUAGAGGACGAUGUGGUGAUGAUUACUGGUGUCGAUGAAGACAUUGCAACUGCUACUACAGCAACACCGACACAACAACAACAACAAACCGGUUUGAGAUCACCUAAUGGUAGACCAAUUGGUGGCAUCAAAACAGGUGUCAAAACAGGUGUCCGAAGAAAAACUAUUAAUGGAGUCAAAGAAGUUGUCGUCAAAAGGCCUACAAAAGGAGAUGUCGGUCCAUCGAGAAGUAUGACUAGAAAACCGACAAAAAAACCAUUGCCAGGUCCUCAACGUAUAACAACUACCAGACCUAUUGAAAUAACUGGUCCUGCUAAAAAGACCAUUGCUACUGCUACCGGUGCUAAAGGACAACCAUCAUCGUCAUCAUCAGGUGCACCAUUGUCUCCGGCAGACACUGGACGUAGAAAUGGUGGCCAAAAAACAACACCGCAAAAACCUCAACAAGACUUUGUUCAGACAGUGUCCAAACCGAGAGGACCUACCGGUGCUACAAAAACUGUAUUUCAUAGGAUAGCCCAGAGACAGGAGGAACAGGAGGCUCAACAACAACAACAGUCGGCCUCUAAUUGGUAUUACUCUUUCAAUCUUUAA